GGAGGCGGGGCGGAGCGGGCAGGUCGCUGCUCCAGGGGAGCGGGGCUCGGCGUCGCUUCCUCGCUGCUGGCGACGAGGAGCGAUAAGCCACGCCCAGCAUCCAGCUCCCAUCUCCGGUUCUCUCGUCGUCGUAUCCGCGGUCUCUGUCUCGGUUUAGGCACCACUUCUCCCCUCGAGCCGCGGUUUCGUUCCAUCACCUCCUCGUCGAGACAUGGACGCUCAGUAAGAAGGAGACAUGUCCCCGCUGGCCCUCGCGUUGCUCGUGCUUGCCCCCCUGGCCUGGUCCCCAUCCUCCCUGGCCUGGUCUUCCUCCUCCGCCCAGAGGAGCGUCGGCUGUCUGUUCCAGAACGAGCUCUGUUCACCCUACGAGGUCUGUGUUAACGAUGGGAUGUUCGGUCGGUGCCACCGUCUCCCGCUGACAGAGGUCUCCACCUACCAUGUCUCUCCCGCCGUGGUUCAGCGCUUCCGGAUCCUUCUGGAGAAACUGUCCAGCAGAGGUCUGACCUGGGAGGACGAGGCCACCCAGCGGGUCCUGGACCGGGAGCUCUCCGCACUGCGGAGGACCCCUCCCGCCCCCCCCACCGGCAGCAGGCCGGGCCAGGCCCCCCCGGACUCCGACCGGCUGGAGACGGUGAAGGAUGAGCUAGGCAGGAGCCUGCAGACCUACCUCCAGCGCCUGGCACCCCAGAUCCCCGCGGACCCCCAGACCCCCGGGGCCCCGGGGGGUCCCAGGUCGCCCUCCCGGAUGCGGGGCCCCCAGGGGGAGGGGGACCUCCUGGUCCAGGCCCUGAGGAGCUACCUGUCCGGGCCUGAGGGCCCCAGAGGGCCCAGGCCCCUCCAAAGCCAUACGGGGCCGGACGGCUCACGGCCGAGGCUGCUGCAGCUGGCAGGGGCCCCGCGCUGGGCCGCCAGGGGCCCCCUCAGCCCGGCGGACGAGGCCCUGGCUCCAGAGGACUUGGACCAGCUGUCGUCUCUGAUCGCAGACGCUCUGCAGGUGGUCGACCUGAACGCCCCGGGACCCGGCCUGACCCGGGACCGCCCGGAGCCCCGGGACCUGGAGCAGGAGCAGCAGGAGGAGCAGGGGGGAGAGGAGAGGAGAGGGGGAGAAGGAGGGGAGGAGGAGGAGGAGGAGGAGGAGGAGGAGAAGGUAGAGGAGGUGUCAACCACGAAGACUCUGGAGGGGUCUCCCAUACAAGAGGCAGAGCUCCGAGAGCCCAAUGUUGACGCAGAGCAGCCAAUCACAGGAGAGAAGAGGGGAGCCCUGCUCUCCAGGCUGCUGGCGUUCCUGGACCGCCCCCCCCCCGGCCCCGCACUGCAGGAUGUGGCGCUGCAGAAGAAGGACACCACCCAGUCGCUGGAGGAGGUGGAGGAGGUGGAGGGCUGGAUCCGGGAGGCCCCCCCCCCCGCCGCCGCCGUGGUCCGGGCCCCGCCCCCCCAGCGCCAGAUGGCAGCGGCCCCCGUCCCGGAGCUGAGGCUGGACGUCAGCGGGGGGCGGAGCGAACCGGGGGUCUUCGGCUACGUCAUCACCGACACCGAUGGUCUCCAGACAGAUGAGGGUCUCCACCUGAUGGAGGUCUUGGCUCACAUGGCCAACAUCCAGAUGAGCGACGUGGCAGAGCUGUCGGUUGUGGGUCCAGCCGUGACCUUCAAGGUUCAUCCAAACCGACACAACGUCUCCACCGCUGACGUAGCCGACGUAGCAGUCCACCAGCGGGCCGCUCUGGAGAAGGAGGCGAAACUCAACAUCCUGGAAGCCGGUGUCGCUGAGGGCAGUGAGAUCAACCAGAUCCCCAACAAGUACAGCCAGGCCGAGUCCACCAAGUUCAUGGUGCUGACGGUGGUGUCCCUGCUGUGCACGGCCGCCGUGCCACUGGCCUCCACCGUGGUGUACUGCCUGCGCCACCGCUCCCACCACAGGCUGAAGCAGAAUUUCAGCAGCCUGGGCGGCAACGCGCCCGGCGACGCCACCUCCACCUACCAGGAGCUGUGUCGUCAGCGCAUGGCGGUGAAGCCCCCCUCGGAGCCCCUCUCCUCACGCAUCACCAGCGUCUCCUCCCAGUUCAGUGAAGGAGGAGGAGGAGGCGGGGCGGCGGUCAGUCCCUCCGCCCGCGGCAGCACCUCCUCCUGGGGCGAGGAACCCUCCCACUCCAACAUGGACAUCUCCACCGGUCACAUGAUCCUGGCCUACAUGGAAGACCACCUGAAGAACAAGAACCGUCUGGAGAAGGAGUGGGAGGCACUGUGCUGCUACCAGGCCGAGCCCAACGCCAGCACCGCCGGCCUGCGUGACGGCAACGCCAAGAGGAACCGCUCCAGCACCGUGGUGGCCUACGAUCACUCCAGGAUCAGCCUGAAGGUGGAAAACAGUCAGGGGAACUCUGACUACAUCAACGCCAGCCCUAUCAUGGAUCAUGAUCCCAGGAGUCCUGCCUACAUCGCCACACAGGGUCCGCUCCCCUCGACUGUGGCGGACUUCUGGCAGAUGGUGUGGGAGAACGGCUGUGUGGUCAUCGUGAUGCUGACCCCCCUGGUGGAGGGAGGAGUGAAGCAGUGCUACCACUACUGGCCUGAUGAGGGUUCCAACCUCUACCACAUCUACGAGGUGAACCUGGUGUCGGAGCACAUCUGGUGCGAUGAUUUCCUGGUGCGGAGCUUCUACCUGAAGAACAUGCAGACCAACGAGACUCGAACCGUCACCCAGUUCCACUUCCUCACCUGGCCCGGCCGCGCCGCGCCCGCCUCCAGCCGCUCACUGCUCGACCUGCGCAGGAAGGUCAACAGAUGCUACAAGGGUCGCUCCUGUCCCAUCAUCGUCCACUGCAGUGACGGUGCCGGCCGUACCGGGACCUACAUCCUGAUCGACAUGGUCCUCAACAAGAUGGCUAAAGGAGCCAAAGAGAUUGACAUUGCAGCUACCUUGGAGCACCUGAGAGACCAGAGACCUGGGAUGGUCCAGACCAAGGAGCAGUUUGAGUUUGUGUUGACAGCUGUCGCCGAGGAGGUGAACGUCAUUCUGAAAGCUCUGCCACAGUGAGGAGUCCAGCACCUCCUCUCUCCUCCUCCCAUGAGACCUCCUUCUCUCCCUCGCUCCUCUUUCUGAUGUCCCCUCCCCUCCUCCCCCAACCUCUCCCCUCCUUCAGAUUGAGUGUUUCUCUUUGAGUGGUCGUGUUUUGAAUAUAUUGCCGUCAUCUUUGUGUCUCUAUUUUGGUGCCAUGUGGAAUUUGAUCACAACUUAUUGUUUUAGAAAAGUAUUUUUCCUUUCUCGUGUAAAUCUUCAAGGUGUUUUAAAAUACAACGGUAGCGUAAGAGAAUAAACAAUAAUAAUACAUAUCUGUAAAUCGCUGGUGACAGAUUACACGCGAGUACUGAAUUAGUUUCAUGUGUAAUGUUUUAAAAUGUCUUGUGAAAUAAUUCACGAGACACGAAUCUUAAUGCACCACAGAUCAACUUUAGAGUUGAAGACGUGUUUGGUCUCUAGUUGUAGCCGUUGUGUUCCCUUCAGUGUUUCUGUCCAUCACCACCAGCACAAACACACAAACCAACAUUUAUUUUUAUGGUGGGCUAUGUCUCACCGAUAAACAGAUAAAUAUAUAUAUAUAAUGUUGCUAAACCGCCUCGUCUAUCUCACAGUCCUCCACCCAACAGGUUUUACAAAUCAAAAGUUUGAUUAUCGUGACGUCUUUGCAACAUUAACGGCACACCACGAAACACACAACUGCUGCGGACCAGCAGAGAUACUGAAAGAGUACACAUUAAAACUGACUGGUUCACCGGUUUGGUGCUGUUUCCUCGUUCGAUUCCCUGAUCCGUAACAUCGUGGUCCCGACCCAAACCCCUUCUCACUAGUAGCCAAGGACCCCCACGGUGGCCUCCAUCGGGUCCUCAGCCCUGAAGGUCUUCUGUUGUAUGUCCCCCAGUACCAACUGCUGUUAGACACCAAUGGGGAGAUGUGUUGUUGUGAUUAAAGCCUGAUGCUCCCAA